GUCAUUGUUGACUGGUGCGGCAAACUCCGUCCUUAUGCUUCGUUGGGAAUCAGACGAAUCCCCGUCCUCAUUACUAUCGGUCUUAUUUCCUGCGGCUCGAUCAUUUUAUUUGGCGAUCCUACCGCUCGUGAGCAAGCCUUGAUCCAGGCAUUAGGAACUAGUACUACCAGAGACCUGACUACUGAGUUAACUCAUUCCCCACUGGACGAUGGUGGAGGGAUCAUUAUGAUUGGAUUGACGACAUCCGGCGAGCUGUGUUGUCUUAAUACCUCUGGCUUAACUGUGCCACUCACGCCUGCUAUACUCACCAGGCAAGGCCUAACACUGACUUUAACUAUGAUCUGUGCAUCUCUUUCUCUCAACUCCACUUCAUGUGUUAUCGACCUAUUCUCACAAUUCUGUGUUCUCGUUUCCUCCACUGUCGCCUAA